AUGGUUCUUCGCUGUGAAUUAUGUCGUAUUGAAGUACCUGAUGAACAUGUUCUAGCUGAUCAUACGAAUGGUAAACGACAUCAGGCGUUACUGACUGCUCGUGAACGUUUUGAAACCUCACAACAAUCAAGUAUUUAUGUAUCGAAUAUUAAACGUGAACAUGAUGUAAAUCUUCUUAAAGAUUAUUUUUCACGUUUUGGACAAAUAAAAAAUUGCUUUAUUGAUAAAGAAAAACAUGUUUAUGCUAUUGUUGAAUAUGAAAGUGUCGAUUCAGCCAAUAAAUGUUUAGAAUAUUCUGAAGAAUAUAAAUUACAUGAUGGAACACGGUUAAAAGUAAAACAGCGUAAUCAUCAUGAAUUUAAAUCUAAACGAAUGUUAAUAAGUGAACAAGAAUUUUUAAAUAUUAAUAAAGAAAAAGAAAUUGAACAACAUGGAAUUCUAAUUCAACUUUUAAACAGUAAAUUAACAAUUGAUGAACAAGCUGUAGCAAUUGUUCAACAAGAAAAGAUUACAGAUGAUAUAUUAAAAAUACGAGAAGAUUUUUUUAAAGAAUUAGAAGUAAUGUUUAUUAAAUAUUUUCCAGAAGCGAAAUUAUGUUUAAUCGGAUCAAUGGCUAAUGGUUUAGCAACAAUUUUAUCUGAUAUGGAUUUUGUUCUUAUUCUAAAUGAGACAUAUAUUGAACCACAACGUAUAUUAUCAUCAAAUAAUAGUGGAGAAUCGAUGACAAUCGAUGAAAAUAGUUGUAGUAAUGAUGCAGAUAUACAACAACAACAUAAGUUUAAACGAAAUGCAAGUGAUGGAUCAUCAUCUCGAUCAUUAUCACCUCCACUUCCACCAACCUCUCAUUCAGCUGAUGAUCUUUUACAAAUGUCUAUUCCUGAUCGACUUGAUUAUAUUCGUCGUUUACUUCGUUCUUAUGCAGCUUAUGUAUGUAAUGUACAACGUAUUGCACAAGCUCGUUGUCCAGUUGUUCGAUUUUGUCAUAAACAACAAAAAAUUUUCUGUGAAUUAUCCAUUAAUAAUCAUCUUGCAGUAGCUAAUACGGAAUUAGUUCGAUAUUUUCUUUUAUUUGAACCUAAAUUACGUUCAUUAUUAUGUACAAUUCGAUUAUGGAUUAAACAAAAAGAUCUUCUUGGACGUGGACAUCGAUUUAAUACCUAUACACUUUUUUGGAUGAUUGUUUGUACAUUACAACUAGAUGAUAAACAAUUACCAAGUGUUCAAUCAUUAGCUGAACGUGCAAAUCAUAAACGACAAUAUGGUCCAUGGAAUUGUUCAAUUCCGGAUUUAAAUCAAAUCGAAAGAAAUAUUUCAGAUGUUUCUAUAGAACAAUUACUUCAUAAUUUUUUCAAAUUCUAUUCAACAUUUAAUGCAAGUCAACAUGAAUUAUCACCGUGGACAGGUAAACUUGAAUUAAAAACUUCAACGACAAAUCUGUUUUCAAUAUCUGAUCCAUUUGAACAUGAUCAUAAUUUAACAUCUCAUAUAUCACAAACAAAUUGGUUGAAAUUUCAAGAAGAAUGUUUAUUAGCAAUUCAAAUCCUUGAUGAAUCGGCUAAAAAACGUCAAAAUAAAUCAUGGGGUCUAUCAUUAAUUUUAACACGUAAAUCUUUACCACAAAAGAAUUUCGUUCAUGAACCACAUUAUCAUCAAUCACAAUCAAUGAACACAAUCGAAUUUGUUGUCAAUCAAAUAGAUGAAGAAGAAUUUCAAUUACAUGUUGAAUCUAUUCUUAAAGAUAUUUUAUUAUUUGAACAAAUUAAUUAUGAAAUGAUCAGUAAAAAACGACCAGCAAGUCCAUCCGUUGAACUAACACCCAAUACUUUAGCUGAACAAUUAGAUGAAACACUUUCAGCUAAACGUCGUCGUACAGAUGAUGAUGAUGGAUAUAUAUCAACACCAACAACAGGUAUAUCUUAUUCAAACGAAAAAAUUUAUUUUCAAGUUAAUUAUCGAACAUGGCAAGAUCGACGUAAACAUAAACGAAGUAUUGAAAAUGAACAUAAAGAUAUAUCUACAUUUGAACGUGAAAAAUUAAUUAGUUAUAAAUUAAAAGACGAUAAAGAUCAUCAUUUAGAAAAACCUAUUUAUUUAUCAAUGGAUAUUAAAUUAGUACCAUUAAUUGAUGAUUCGAAUAAAAAUAAAGCACAGAUUCGUUUUGAAUUUCAAACAAAUCAACAACAUCAAUUAUUUGUUGAUCUUACUCAUUUUCUUACGUUAUAUUUACCGAAAAUGUUUACAAAUCAACCAGCUCAUUGA